CUUAAAUGUUGUGCUUUCAAGUAGAAAAUCUCAUAUUAAAAUUGAGGAACUUUUAGAUUUUUGGGGAUAAUGUAGACGUUUUGUGUAUAUUUUUUUGAACCAUUUUUAUUAUUUUAAUGGAAAAAAAAAACACAGAUUUCAAACACUCGAGAGUCAAGAGUCUCAGACCCACCCAGCUUCUGGUUUCGUUUCGCCGUCGCGCACGGCUGAACAUAUCUGCUAUAUCGGAGAUUAGUGAAGGUUAGUUACUAUUGAUUAAAGGUUUCAUAAUUUGGGGCUAAUCUCUCUGCAAGGUGACGAGAAAAUCCACUAUCCCCUUCCCAAGAUUUGUUCUCUGAAGAUAUAAAGUCUCAAUCUUUGGAUAAGAAAGUUCAAAUGGAAAAUUGGAAACUUUUCUUCAGUUGAAUGAAUGAUUUAGCUGAAGAAACCAAAGCUAGAAUGGGGCAAAGUUCAUUGUCAUGGGGUCCCUAGAAUAUUCGAAUCUAUGAUCCUUUUGGUGUAAAGUAUUAGUCAAGUUGAGAGAUAUUUUUUACAUUUUGUGGUCACUAAUCAUGUAUUGGAGUUGAUUGCUUCUAAACUCACUUUAACUUGUGAGAGAGUUUCUAAGAUAUCAAAUAAUCUAUCAUGAGAGAAGAGACAGUUUCUUGGAAGUACUUUAAAAGAGAUGUUGUUCCGUUCACUGCGAUGAUCGCUAUAGAGUGUACAACGGUUGGAUCCAGCAUACUGUAUAAAGCUGCUACCUUGAGAGGAUUUAGCUUUUAUGUCUUUGUGUUUUACGCUUAUGUUGGUGCUACACUUGUCCUUCUUCUACUUUCACUUAUCUUUGGAAGGUCGAGAAGUUUGCCUACAGCCAAGUCUUCUCUUUUCUUCAAGAUUUUCUUACUUGCGCUUCUCGGGCUCACGUCGCGGGUAGCUGGUUGUAAAGGUAUAGAAUAUAGUUCCCCAACUCUUUCCUCUGCUAUCAGCAAUCUUACACCAGCUUUCACCUUCAUCCUUGCCAUCUUCUUCAGGAUGGAACAAGUAAUGUUAAGAAGCUCUGCAACUCAGGCUAAAAUCAUUGGCACAAUAGUUUCUAUAUCUGGUGCUCUGGUUAUUGUUCUGUAUAAAGGCCCAAAACUUCUUGUUGCUGCAUCGUUUACUUCAUUCGAGUCAAGUUGGAUAAUUGGAGGCCUUUUGCUCGGUCUGCAGUUUUUGCUUCUUUCAGUCUGGUUUAUUCUUCAGACUCAUAUCAUGGAGAUAUACCCUGAAGAAAUAGCCGUAGUCUUCUGCUACAACUUAUGCGCAACUCUAAUCUCAGGGACAGUAUGUCUACUUGUAGAAAAAGACUUGAAUUCUUGGCAGCUUAAACCAGGUUUCUCCCUCGCUUCAGUCAUAUACUCGGGACUCUUUGAUACAUCAUUGGGCUCAGUUAUCCACACAUGGGGUCUCCAUGUGAAGGGUCCAGUCUACAUAUCCUUGUUCAAGCCGCUGUCUAUCGCAAUUGCAGUCGCCAUGGCUGCUAUAUUCCUCGGCGACACACUUCAUCUUGGGAGUGUGAUUGGAUCAGUGAUAUUGAGCUUUGGGUUUUACACUGUGAUUUGGGGCAAAGCAAGAGAGGAUUCAACCAAAACAGUAAGUGAUUCUGAGCAAUCACUUUUAUUGCCUUCACACGACAGAGAAGAAGAUUGAAACCUUGUCAUGAAAAUAUGUUGGAGACAAGUGUAAUCGUUUUCUUAUUUUAUUCAUAAUUAUGGUCCCAUUAGAUGAUGAUGAUCCCUAUUUAUCUUGUAAGUUGUAAGAUCUUAUGACUUGUACAAAAAAAAUCUAACAUGAUACAUUGAAAUGUGAAAAAUGAUAUACUUAUUUGUUGAGAAAAUGAUA